CCGCAGUGACGUCACAGCCGGCGGUGUGAGAAAGUGACAGGAGGUUUCCAUCUUACCGCUUCGCAUAGAGGUUCCCUGUGUUGUCGCCGCUCAAUGUGGAGCGCUCGGCUGUCCGGGCUCGGUGUCUCCCGGCUCCUCGCCGCCUCGCCGGGACUUUCAUUUCGGGCCGGGAGAGCGGAGGUUAUUACCGGAGACCGUGUAAGGUCCGCACUGCAGUACCGGCUGCUCAACACUAGAGGGCGCACCGAACUCGUCAGUUAUCGCCCGCAACUUCAGGGGCUGCAAUACCAAUCGUCUACCGCUGGGGGCCGCCAAAGACCGUGGGAUGACUCGUGCGGCUGUGGAGCGCCCCUGCUCGCUGCUGCCGCCCUGCUGGCCUAUUGUUCUAGCAGAGAAGAUGGAAAUAAAGGUGAGCAGUUACUAGAGGCGGCCCGGACCAGUGACUUCAGUGAUGUAGACAGACUCCUGCGGGAGAAGGUGGACCCCAACAGCAGACACGGGCUGGGCUGGACCGCGCUCAUGGUGGCCGCCAUCAGGAGGAAUCAGAGUAUUGUCAGGACUUUGCUGCGCGCCGGAGCCGACCCCAACCUAGGAGACGAGUUCUCCAGCGUCUACGAGGUGGCGAAGGAGAAGAAUCUGCACUCGCUAGAAGUUCUGGUGACCCGGGAGGAUGAGUUCAGUAACCGGCUGAAUAACCGCGCCAGUUUCCGGGGCUGCACGGCGCUGCACUACGCUGUUCUGAUGGAUGAUUAUGGGACGGCUCAGGCUCUACUGGAGGGGGGUGCCGACCCCAUGCAGAAGAACGAGAUGGGGCACACGGCUGUGGACUACGCCCGGGAAGGAGAACUGAAGAAGAUGCUGAAAGAGUGGGAGAGCAAGUUCCAGGUGGAGCAGAGGAGGCGGGAGCUGGAGGAGCGGCGGAGGUUCCCCCUGGAGCAGCGUCUGCGGGAGCACAUUGUGGGCCAGGAGAGCGCCAUAGCCACCGUAGGGGCCGCCAUCCGCAGGAAGGAGAACGGCUGGUACGACGAAGAGCACCCCCUCGUCUUCUUGUUUCUGGGAUCCUCUGGGAUAGGGAAAACAGAACUGGCCAAGCAGACGGCUCGCUACCUGCACAAGGACAUCAAGAAGGGCUUCAUCCGGAUGGAUAUGUCUGAAUUCCAGGAGAAGCAUGAGGUCGCCAAGUUUAUUGGUUCUCCGCCUGGAUAUGUCGGACACGAGGAGGGAGGUCAGCUGACCAAGAAGCUUAAGGAGUGCCCCAACGCGGUGGUCUUGUUCGACGAGGUGGAUAAGGCGCACCCGGACGUGCUCACCAUCAUGCUGCAGUUGUUUGACGAGGGUCGACUGACAGACGGGAAGGGAAAGACCAUCGAGUGUAAGGACGCCAUCUUUAUCAUGACCUGCAACGCGGGGAGCGAUGAAAUAGCGCAGUAUGCCCUACAGCUGAGACAGGAAGCACACGAGAUGAACAAGAACAGACUGGCCGACAACCUGGACGAUAUACAGACCGAGAAGAUCACCAUCUCCAAACAAUUCAAGGAGGACGUCAUCCGACCCAUCCUGAAGGCGCACUUCCGCAGAGAUGAGUUUCUGGGGAGGAUCAAUGAGAUCGUCUACUUCCUGCCCUUCUGUCACUCGGAGCUGUCUCAGCUGGUCCUGAAGGAGCUCAACUCCUGGGCCAAGAAGGCGAAGCAGCGACACGAGAUCACCCUGAUCUGGGACCGGGAGGUGAUGGACGUCCUGACCGACGGAUACAAUGUGCACUACGGCGCCCGCUCCAUCAAACAUGAGGUGGAUCGGCGGGUGGUGAACCAGUUGGCGGCCGCCUAUGAACAGGACCUGCUGCCGCGCGGCUGCACGCUGCGGAUCACAGUGGACGACUCCGACAAACACCUCCUGUCGCAAGGUAACAGGGCGGACGAGGACAGCGAGGGGCCGGGGAGGAGGACGCCGCGACUGCGCCUGGAGAUCGUGGAGACCGGGAGCCGGAGCCGCAGACUGGACAUUACUGAGCCGCUGUCCGCGGAGGAGCCCUGGAUGUCCUGAGAACUGUGUUAUGGACGCAAAGGGGAGGGGCUUAGAUGGCGGUCAGCGUUGUGUGAGAGUAAUAAUGCUGCAUGAACUGCCACAGACUAAAGGGGGGCGCUGUACUCAGAUGUGCACCACACAGCACAGAUUAUUUAUACAAUACAACGCAAAUAAAGUGCUACUGUGCGUUACGGA